AUGACGUGGCAAGCACCAAUGGAACGCGAGACACGAGCAUGCCAGGCUGCACUCAUUGCCAAGAGCGAGGUGAGUUCCUUUGCAGAGUUAUGCCUCCCCCCUCUCUACCCCCCUUCCCCUCCUCUACCCCCUUCCCCCUCUCUACCCCCCUUCCCCCUCUCUACCCCCCUUCCCCCUCUCUGCCCCCCCUUCCCCCUCUCUGCCCCCCCUUCCCCCUCUCUGCCCCCCCUUCCCCCUCUCUGCCCCCCCUUCCCCCUCUCUGCCCCCCCUUCCCCCUCUCCAUCUCCUUCUCGCUCGCUCACGUCCAUGUGA